AUCGCGCGGCGGCCAGCGACAUGGGCGAGGCAACCAUGGCACCUGCAGCCUCGCUCGAAUCCAUUGAGGAUGUUGCACGCAGAGAGUUAGGGGAAACGCCGGCGACAAAACAGACGGCUCUCAACGAACUGCGUCAGCUGAUCAUUUCAGAGGAACCAUCGUUACACUGCCCCACGGACGACGCCUUUCUAGUCAAGUUUCUGCGAGCCCGCAAGUACGACACGAGGGCCGCUUUCAAGAACAUCAAGAAGUACUUCAAGGUUCGAACGGAGCACCCGGAAAUGUUUAAAGAUCUGGCUCCAAGUACAAUACCUUUCGACGCAAUGUGCCGCAAGAAUCGCCUCACUACGGUCUCGCGCCACAGAGAUCCAAUGGGACGGGCGGUUGCGCUGAUGAAGGUCGGGUCCUGGAAUAGCGAGAUUUGCAGCAUCACUGAUGUCUUCAGAGUGAACUUGUUACUUCUCGAGCAUUUUCUUCAACUGGAAGACAUUCAAGUUAGGGGCAUAAUAACCAUAUUUGACUUUAAAGGCCUCAACAUGUACCAUCUCGCUCACUAUACACCGUCUGUGAUAAGAACCCUCAUCAAUCUUGUGCAGGAAUGUAUACCCAUGCGUCUGAAAGGAAUCUACAUCAUCAACCACCCUCCAAUAUUCAACGUUUUAUUUGCGAUUAUUAAAACCUUCCUCAAGGCGAAACUUCUGAAGCGGACUCGACUAUUUGGCUACGACCUAAAGGAACUGCACCAGCUUGUACCGGAGGACGUCAUUCCGGAGGAAAGUGGAGGGACCAACGAAAGUUACGACUACGACCCGUUGGAGAGAGAGUUGGAGAGUGAAGAGGGCUUCUACCGAAAUCUCAGCUCGUACGGCUAUCGAGAUACGCCGGCACAGACUGAACAUAAAUAUGACGGCUUGCUCACAGACAAGAUUCCUUAAGUAAAAAAUAGCUGAUAAACUGAAUCAUUCUGUAACGAA